AUUUUCACAAUCAUUUAUUUCAUUUAUUUAGUAUGUGAUAAUAAUGUAUUAUUGUUGUUUAUAAAAAUUUUUUGAAGGUUAUUUUUAGUUCUUUUGUAAAUUUGUAAUCGUAAUUAGUAAUAAUGUCUUUUUUAAGUGCUCUUGCUAAACAAUCUAGAGUUUUAUUGAACCCCGGACUAAGGCAAUGUCCUAAAAGGAAUAUUUUUACUAAUAUUUCUCCAGUUUAUUUUAAAAUAACAGACACUUUGUUUGGUGAACCAUUGAAGAGGAAGAAAAGAUUAGAUCCAUCUGUCAUAAGACACAGAGAGGAACGUAAACGGCGAAAAUUAGAAAAACAUAUUCGGCGAUUAGAAAAGCAUUCUAAAAAGCUAAAACCGAUUUCUGAAUGUCAAGUACCAUUUAAAUUAAUUGAUGAACUGAAGCAAAGAACCCGUCCAAAGCCAGAACUGACACCCGAAGUAAUCGAAGAACGAACUCUGUUACUAAAAGACUGGUCAAGAUACAAACUCCGUCAACACGUGCAAGACGUGAUGACAAUAGAGUCCAUGAUCGCAUCCCAGCACAGAGCUCUCGAAGAACUCAAAGCCGAAUCAAAAGAUCUUUAUGAUGCAGCAAUAGAACUUGACAUGUCUUUGUUGUCGUUAGAAGUCACAGGACCUACACGCACUCCACCGAUUUCAAACUACGACGUGCCGGAUGGAGAUUACUUCGAUGUAUCCAAAAAAUGGGAAAACGAAUAAAAUAAUUAUUUAUAAAUUUAUGGAUUAAUAAAAAUAAUCAAUUUGAAGGUCUUUGAUGUCAAAUUAUGUAUCAUUUAGUGAAAUAAUGUCAAGGCUAAUAAAAAAUAUGAAUGAGUGCUA